AUGAGCUCAAGCAAAUGCGGUCUCGAUCCACUGGUAGAAGAGGAACCGAGCACCGAAUCGCAGCCAAUUCACCACACGGCUACCUCUCCGGUCCAGCAUCGUCGCAAAAUAUCAGAGGAGGUGUCGGCGACGCGACCGUGUCAAAUCAGAGCCACGCCUUCAAAAUCAACGGAAAGUUCGAGUGUUGCCAAUGUGGGUUCGAUUGUCGCGAAUCAUCGUCCGUCGCGGAAGUGUGGCUCACGUCUCAGUUUGACAAGUCUGCUCAGUUUUACGGGACAUUCAACGUUCACGCGUGACAGAUCUCGCUCGGGUUGGUCGUACAGCGACGAAAACGCUGGUCACGUCGCCAUGACAAGCGUUUCCAGCAACGACGUCCGCAGUAACGUCUCCGGGUCUAUAUCGUCAAAGCGUUAUCGUGGUAGUGACACAGGAUCCGGAAUGGACAGUGAAGGCGGUGAAACGUGUGCUGAAAUGCUGCUCUGCUCAAAAAAUCAGGAUGACGAGGAGCAGGUGGACGAAAAACAGCUGUCGCAAUCGUUGCCAGAAACACCAAAAACGGAGUCAGAAGGAGGAGUGAAGAAGGGAAAAGGAAAAAUGAAAGAGUGCCCCUUAUGCGCUACAAAAAUGCCAAGCAGCUCGUUCCCCAAGUUGCGAGGAUGUCAGCAUCGAAGUUGUAGGACGUGUUUGAGACAUUAUGUUGAGUUAUCGAUCACUGAGAAUCGGGUUGAGGUACCAUGCCCCGAGUGUUCAUCAUUCCUUCAUCCUAAUGAUAUCAAAAUGCUCGUUGGCGACAUCCCAAGUCUUAUGGACAAGUACGAAUCGUUUAGUCUCCGGCGUUACUUAAUGACAGAAGCAGAUGCACGAUGGUGUCCGGCGCCAGAUUGCGGAUUCGUUUUCAUCGCCACAAAGUGUGCCGCUUGUCCACAACUGAAAUGUCAACGUCCGGAAUGUGGAACAUUGUUUUGCUACCAUUGUAAACGGGAAUGGCAUUCAAACCAAACGUGUGAUGAAGCUCGUCGGCCUGAGAAACGAAAAAGUAGAGGAUUGGCGUUUGAAGAAAUCAUGAGAAAUGGAUUCCAUCCCAGCGCUGACUCAACUCUCAAACCUGGCGAUGUAAAAGCCUGCCCACGCUGCAAGACAUACAUUGUGAAGAUGGAUGAUGGAUCGUGUAACCAUAUGGUGUGCACGAUGUGCAAUGCAGAGUUUUGUUGGCUUUGCCUUAAAGAGAUUUCCGAUCUCCACUACUUGAGCCCUACGGGAUGCACGUUUUGGGGAAAGAAGCCGUGGACGAGAAAGAAGAAGUUGCUUUGGCAACUCGGAACUCUUAUCGGUGCUCCAGUUGGAAUUGCUUUAAUUGCCGGUUUAUCAAUUCCUGGAAUUGUAUUUGGUGUCCCAGUGUUUGUUGGAAGAAAAGUGCAUCAACGAUUUAAGUACAAGGGAAAAGCGCAACGACGUCUUCUUACUGCAACAUGUGUUGUCGGAUCUCUAGUUGUUAGUCCGGUGAUGGCAGUUAUGGCUGUUGGUGUCGGAGUCCCAAUCAUGUUGGCGUAUGUAUACGGAGUGGUUCCCCUUUCACUUUGUAGAAAUGGUGGAUGUGGGCUAUCGUCUUCCGAUUCUUCACUUGCUCUAGCCGAUAUCGACGAAGAGCAAUUGUACGGAACACCAGGAGCUAACGCUCCUGUCGAUGUAUCCCAAUUCAUGACGGAUUCAUCUAAGAGGGAGGAGAUCGUGUCCAUAGAUCCAUCAAUUCUGAGCGCGGUUUCGAUGCCCCAUGAGUUACGGACACGACAUUAUGUGAAUCUUGAUUUGAGAGGACGACGGACAAGUUUGGAAUCGGGUGAAAGAGUCAACUACGAAGAGGCAAGCGUAAAAGCAAUGGCCGGGUCACAUCACUACGACGAUAAGAGUGUACAUACGUUGUGCUCAGGACACGAGGUAACAUCAUUGAAUGAUGAACAGUCGAGCACCAAAGCUCUAGCCGGAUCGGUUAUGGAUACGAAGAGUAUGAGUGAGAGUAUGUACAGACACAUGAUACUGACGAGAUACGCAGAGAAACAACAACAACAAGAGAACGAAGAUGAAGAGCAAGGCGGAAGUGAAGAUCAACCGUCGACGUCAUCUGCUGCACCACCUGUAAAGGGGCCAAAGCCUUCCACUUCUUCCAUUCAUCGUGGGUGUUUGAUUGAACGCGAUGACGAAGGACUUCUUUUCACCGAAGAAGGUGCCGCCUUGCUGAUCAACUCAUCGCCUGCUAUGCGUAGCUCGGGUAGUGUGAACAUUGAUCCAAUCGAUCUGUUCAAAAUCCGAAGUUGGCUUGAUAAUAUGAAACAAAUGGUUGCAACAGACGCGCCUCAAGAAAAACCAUAUGAACCAUCCUCUCGUCCGGGUAGCAAACUCCGCCGUUCCGGUAGUGGAAAAAGUGUUCACACCAUUGCCACAAUCCCCCUCGGAGUUCCUGGCCAGAACCUCUCCAAUUUGUCAAUCCCUGAGAUUGUUCAAAUUGUGAACAGUGCGCCAUCCGAAUCGGACGCCACCAUCACAGCUACAAGAAAUAAUACGGAAAAUCUUCGAGGCGUUGUUGAAAACACUAUAGAUGACAAUGUCUCUACAAGUUCUUCAUCUGGAAGUCAGAAGAAAAAGAAAAGGCGCUUCGGAAUCUUCAGUAACUGGUUCAACAAAAACAAAUAA